GGCCCAGCAGUCCCGGGCAGAGGGGCACUCGCUCCAAAGGGGGCGGGCCCUCUCCAAAGGUUUGGGGGCCCGCCCUGCCUCCUCGGGUUUCCCCAACUUCCCACCUGGGGCUGCUGCGCGCCCUCCCACCGCCCCGCCUCGCCAUGUCUCCAAAUGCGCCCAACUUCCCAACUUUGCGCCCUGGGGCGGCGAGGUCUCCCGAGGACCCGCCCGGCCCUUUCCCUUUCCCUUUCCGGGAGGAGGGCGAGAGGGAGUCCCGCCCGCCUCCUCCGCCGUCUCGGCUGCUGCCUGGGGCCGCGCGAGGGCCGGAGCAUGAAGCCCGACGGCAAGGUGGUGCUGCUGGGCGACAUGAACGUGGGCAAGACGUCGCUGCUGCACCGCUACAUGGAGCGCCGCUUCCAGGGCACCGUCAGCACGGUCGGCGGCGCCUUCUUCCUCAAGCAGUGGGGGCCCCACCACAUCUCCCUCUGGGACACGGCAGGGCGGGAACAGUUUCAUGGCCUUGGAUCGAUGUACUGCCGUGGAGCGGCUGCUGUUAUCCUCACCUACGACGUAACCAACUUGCAGAGCAUAGUGGAGCUGGAAGAUCGGUUCCUGGCCUUGACAGACACGGCCAACGCAGACUGCAUCUUCGCCGUUGUCGGGAACAAAGUGGACCUCACGGACACUUGCACCGUGCCGCCGGAAGCAGAGGACGAGCACCCGUCUGAGAAACCCAUCAGCGGCUGCACGUCGACCAAGGUGAAAAGACAAGUCCAGAUGGAGGACGCUAUCGCACUUUACAAGAAGAUCCUGAAGUACAAAAUGUUAGAUGAGAAGGAUGCCCCGGCGGCGGAGAAAAUGUGCUUUGAAACCAGCGCAAAAACCGGAUAUAUGGUGGACCAUCUUUUUGAAACUGUGUUCGAUAUGGUGGUGCCGACAAUUUUGGAGCAGAAAGCAGAAGGACCGUCACAAACUGUAGACUUAAAUAACUACAAGACUGCCAAAACUGCACAAUCCGGCUGUUGUCGAUAAACCAUUGCUGUGAAAUCCCCACCCACCCCCAACACACACACAAAAUCAAAGAGUAUAGCAAUUUAACUAGGUGAAGGUUAUAACACAGAUGGCUGUCAAGAUUAACUAGAAUAAAUAAAUGUGUAAUAAUUUGAUUUGACUAAAAGAAAGGGGUAAUUGAGGGGCAGAUAAUUUAAGAGGAGAACAGUGAUUUUUAAGUAAAGCUUUCGCACGAGGCAUUGUUCUAAAAUUUUAUAAUCACUCUCUGGAAUCUUAAUCUUGACGUCCUUUCUACCCACAAGAUGUUUCACUGAUCUGUCACUGUUUUUUUUUUUAAAGACACGCUUUUCACUUUUUAUUUUAGUAAUAAAUAUUUUUGAAUAUUUGCAUAA